AUGGAGAGUACACCAGUUAUGACAUCCUCCGCGUCGAGGCUUGCCCCUCCAUUGCUACACCCAAGAUCUUCAUCAAGAACAAGAUCACCAACCAGAUCCUCAAGUCGAUCGCAUCGGCUUUCAGACGACCUCCUUUCCGAUCUCACUCCUGCCACAACCCUGCAAGCUCUUACUUCUCCGACAGGUAAAUUGAAAGCCAGUAUUGAAGCUGCCUCCCCUGCAGAUCGAGCAUUUGCCAUACGCGCAACUCUAGCCUCCAAGAAAGUACAAGAAUGGUUGGAAGAAUUAUCAAACUGGCCAUGGCCGAAUACUGGCGGAUCAGCAGGCUUUGAAGCACCAGCUUUAUCGAAGAGAAUAAAAUUGACACCACCUCAAUCGAGCGAUAAAACCGAGCAACAGCAUGAAGAAGGUCCAGAGCCGCAGUAUUGUGGGAGCCUUUCGCUCGAGCAGGUUGCAAGAUAUGAGUACCGGCUCGAAGAAAUUGGGGAAGGAAUGGACGAUUUGAAAGUGGAGGAAAUAAAACGACAGGUCCUGGAUACACACUUUUCUGGAAAUUCUCGACUUUCAUCUUCCCCUUCAAUUGAUAUGCCAUCCUUCCUUGCUUCUUACACGGUUAUGGAUGAUUUCACAGCUAUAGUUACGGCCACGGUACUGCAGGCACUACCGAAUUUGGCAAAAUUAACACGUCUAAUGGAUAUAUGGGGUAUUCGCCUUUCUGUACUCCGUAGGGUACCAUCUUUAUUACUCGGAUUGGAUGAUGCAGAGAUGGCAUUAAAUUCGGGAUGGCAGGCUAUAAAAAUACCAGGCGCGACCACUACUGCUGGUCAAACAGGGAACACAGUUCUAUCACGACAAACUUUCGAAGUCAUGAAAAAUGUUUUACAAGCCAAAGUUACGAUUCUUGGAAGAGAUUUGGAUUAUAUGCUCGAUAUCUUGGAGGGCAGGAUGGAUACUCUGCCAGAUAGUUGGUUGGACCGGAUGGAAAGCCUCGAACGGGACUAUGGUGAAUGGGUUGUUUCAGCAGAUCGAAAAAUUACAGACGGUGAGUUGGCCGCCAUUGCGCCUCCACGAAUGGCGAAAAAAGACAUGCCCCAAGGAGGAGAUGCUGAGGCCCCUGUUGGAGCUGAUGGCAAAAAUGCGAACGAAAUGGAAGAGGUCCAAACCCCUAAAGCCGAAACAGCACGUGAAGGAUCUCGUGUUGCAACAGAAACAGAUAAAACUCCUUACGAGCAGGAAGCCAAUGGCAUUUCGACUGAAAUAAUAUCACCAUCACUGAACACCCAGCCAAUCGUACAAGCAAUUUCUGGUGAACCUACGUAUACUCCUCUCACUCGCUCGACCAGCGUCAGAAGUGUCAGCAGAAUACCCAAAUUUGGCCACACUUUUGCAAACGCCUUAAGACGUACCAUUUCGAAUGAAGAAUCACCAAAAAUGCAAAGCCUUGAUUCUCUCGCUACGUAUCCCAGAACCUCGUUACGGCCAUCAUCAAUGAUUCUCAAUAAGUUCCCGAAUCCACCCCUAAUGUCACCAGCAAGAUCUGAACUGGCAAGAUUUCGUAGUUCGAGCUCGCCACUUAUUGGACAAGAGCGACUGUCCGUGGACCAUUCUUUGAAAGAUGGAUCUGUCUUGGGUGCACCCCCUUCCAGUAUUGCGUUAGCACAACAGCUCGGUAUUUCUUCCGCAUCGCAUGACAGCCUCGACUCCGGUAAUUUAAAGGCGCCAGCACAUUUACCUAACAUACAUUUUCACCUUUCUACCAAUUCCUCUACAAUAGCUAGCAGUGACGGAGCCUCUGAAAGUAUUCAGAGUAUUGAUCCCGAAGGCAUGGAAUUUGAUCUUUUAGAUGCCCAAAAUGAAGCACGCAGGCCUUCCAUAAUCGUUGAUAGUAUUCACAAUAAUGAAACUCGAAGUGACGUUUCGGAUGAUUCACUCUCGGACCGUUGCAAAUCUAAAAUGACACCAGAAGUCGCCUCCAGUCUUGUCGACCCAGACUCUGAUGAUGCAUCUACAGUAACAUUUGAAGAUUCACCAUUGCCACCUGGGAAAUGGUCACAUGAUUUACAACAAUAUGAUAAAACACCACCUGGUUCACCACCAGGAGCUCCAAGAAGAUCUGUUCGUCGCCCUCCUCAACUCCUCGAAAGUCCCGAUUUCUCACAUUUGAUAUCCACUCCUGAAGACUCCUUUCUUCAAAGCAUUCCUGCAUCGCCUGUCAACAGCAGUAGCGAUGAUCAGAUGCAACAACAAAUUAGUUCCUUACUUCAAUCGAUUCCAGCUCAUAUUCGUCUUCGCUCUGAGCCAGAAGAAAAGCCAAAUCCUAAAGGAAUUCGUCCUCCAAAAACUCGCCGUUCAGUUACUCCCUCGAUGCCCGCCGUCCGUUCACAAUCGUCAAUUGGAAGUUUACGUACUCCUACGCCUUCGUUUACUCUUGCCCCUGCGUAUGCGAAAACUAGCACUCCGCGUCAAAGAGCUCAAAACGGUCAUCCAGAAAUCAAGGUUUAUCAUUUAUCUUGCUCUAGUGGUGAGAAACCGAUUAAGUUAUUUGUUCGCCUGGUAGGUGAAAAUGGUGAAAGGGUUAUGGUACGUGUCGGAGGUGGUUGGGCAGAUCUUGGGGAAUAUCUUAAAGAAUACGCAAGUCAUCAUGGGCGUCGAGCACCAGUUGAUACCGAUAAAGUCGAGGUUCAAGAUCUACCAUCACGUAUCUCAUCUGGUGGCUCCACUAUUCGUGAUAAUGGACGGACCACACCUGGAUCUGGUCGUACUACACCUGGGCCUCGUUCCGCAUCUGCAAUGGGUGUGCGUCCAUCAACUGCUGUUGAUCGACCUAAAUCAUCUCUCGGUAUUCGAAAAACGAGGAAAUCCACAUUUUCUACUUCUGAUGGGGUUCCUCCACUUCCAGCUACACCUUUUGCUGAAGUUCAACGUGGACGUGAAGGAAAUAAUACACCUCCAUCAGCUGCAUCAAGAAGUUCCUCAAGACUUGAUUGGAAUGAAGAAGAUGCUUCAUUAGGUCUUGCUGGACCAAGAGGUAAACAAAAAGAAUUGGAUCAAAAAGAUUUAGAAUGGGUAGAAGGUAUGAAGGAGAAAGUUAUGAUGGCAAGUGCGGAGAAGGAGAAGGAGAAACGCAAGGGAGGUCACAGACAGAGUUUAGGAGAGAUGGAUAAAGUUGGAGCUACUAAGAGAUUAUUUAGGCAAACUUCAAGGUUAGAGCUCUGA